AUGGCUGCACUUUCUCCUACGAAUGCCGUCUUCGACGUCAUCCGCCUCAUACACUAUGUGUAUCCUUCUGCAUUUCUUGUCUGGUUCGUCGGAUCCCAGGUUAUCACUAUGUGCACCCUCGCAAGUCGGACCGCACCCCAGAGAGAUCAUCGGAAACGAUUGUUCAUCAUGCUGCAAUUGGCAGUCAUUGUGAGCUAUGUUGGCGAAGCGGCGUUGAUGUGCCUGCGCUCCUUGGCCGAGAGUGGAUGGUGGAGUUCGUCAGAUAAUGUGGUUUACCUUUUGAUGUCCAUAAUGCUGUGGGGAUCCAUGGAGCUUGUUUUGCUCGACACGCGGAACCCCACCUGGUAUCCAUACUAUGGCUCAUGGCUCCUUUCCAUGGUGGCCGAAGUCUCCUUGUUUGGUCUCUCUCUCGCGACAAACAAGGCCCCCAAUAAUUUCGAGAUUGCCAGACUCUGUGUCGAAGGAUCACGGCUCCUGAUGUUCCUUGUUUUGCCGCUAGGCCUGUGGGCUGUCUGGGGCCAGGAUCCGGACGACCCCAUUGGCGAGGAAUCGGCUCGCUUGCUUUGUUCGGAAGACGGCCAGGCUUCGCCUUCUAUUUACGGAUCGGUGUCGGAUUCCGAUGGCGUGGCUGACGAUGGCGAGGCCGAAGCAAUGAGAAAAGCUAAGGAGAGGAUGCUGAAGAAGAUAGAGGAGAGUGGAAGUUGGUGGGCGUACGCAAAGUCGUUUUCGAUUUUUUGGCCCUAUGUCUGGCCGCAAGGCGACCGGUGGCUGCAAUUCACCAUGUUCCUCGUGGGGUUAUGCUUGCUUGCUGGAAGAGGUCUGAACGUUCUGGUCCCACAUCAACUCGGUGUGGUCACCAACUCCUUGAUGGAUGCCGGUGGUCGUAUCCCAUGGGUGCAGUUGACAUUUUAUGUCGCAUUGCGAUGGCUGGAUUCGGCUUCCGGCGUUGAGGCCCUGCAAAACUUCCUCUGGAUGCCGAUCGAACAAUACUCGUAUCGUUCCCUGACUGGCGCUGCUUACAACCACGUCAUGUCUCUUUCGUAUGACUUUCACAGCAACAAGCAGACCGGUGAUGUUUGGAGUUCGAUAGCGCAAGGCCGUGCGGUUAAUGGAUUCGUCGAAACAAUCCUCUUUCAGGUUUUUCCGAUGCUUGCGGAUCUCCUUGUUGCCUUCGCGUACUUCUUCAUCGUUUUCGGCACCUAUAUGGCAUUGAUUGUCGGUUCCGUCAUGGUGGUGUACCUUUACGCUACAUUCAAAUUGAGUAUUGCGAGGAACAGCACGAGAAGGGAACUUAAUAAUGCAGGAAAAAAUGAAGUCAGCAUCUUGAUCGAAACAGUGUCGUCGUGGGCCACCGUCAGCUACUUCAACCGAAUCAGUUACGAGCAGAACCGUUUUCGUGGAGCUAUCAACCUUUACCAGAAAGCUGAGCGCAAAUGGCUCAUUGGGAUCUCGGUUCUCAAUGUGGGCCAGAGUCUCAUCUUCAUGGUGGGGCUCCUUGCUGCCUGCUUCUAUGCUGUCUAUCAAGUCACCACAGGAGUGCAGCCAGUCGGCAGCUUUGUGACUCUGCUGUCGUACUGGGCUCAGUUAUCCGCCCCGCUAUCCUUCUUCGCAAACUUCUAUCGGAGGGUUCAGACUCAAAUGCUCGAUGCGGAGCGCCUGUUGGAGCUCUUCCAGACAGAGUCAGCGGUUCGGGAUGACCCGCGUGCGUUGGUGCUGGAUAAACUGGAAGGGACGAUCGACUUUGAGAACGUUUGCUUCUCGUAUGACUCUAGAAAACCCGCGAUUACGGAUGUCAGUCUCCAUGUACCAGCGGGUAAAUCGGUGGCAUUUGUGGGGGAAACCGGUGGGGGAAAGACAACAUGCUUGAAGCUCCUCUUCCGCUUCUACGACGUCGCCUCUGGCGCUAUCAAAAUCGACGGCCACGAUAUCCGGGAUAUCAAACUAUCAAGUCUGCGCGAGCACAUUGGGGUUGUGCCUCAGGACCCACAAUUGUUCAAUGACACGAUUAUGAACAACAUCAAAUAUGCCAACUUUGAUGCCACAGACGAAGAUGUGUACGAGGCGUGUCGCGCAGCCUCGAUUCACGAGAAGAUCCUCACUUUUCCGGAUGCUUACAACUCCAAGGUUGGCGAGCGUGGCGUAAAGCUUUCCGGCGGCGAAUUGCAGAGAGUUUCGAUAGCUAGAGCUAUUCUGAAGAACCCCAAGAUCAUCUUGCUGGAUGAGGCGACGAGUAUGAUUGAUAUGGAAACCGAACGCCAGAUCCAGGGGGCCCUGAGGAAACUCGGCACAGAUCGGACGAUGUUUAUUGUGGCGCAUCGCCUUUCGACGAUAAUGGGCGCGGAUCUCAUAGUUGUCAUCAAGGAGGGCAAGAUCAUCGAGAAAGGAACUCAUGAGGAGCUGAUGCAGUUUGAAGGAAAGUACUUUCAGCUCUGGUCAACGCAGAGUAACCGCGACGAAUCUGUGCCGAAAUCGGAAUCGAAGGAACCCCGCUUGCUCGAGGAUCUUUUCGACCCGCUCCAUUCCGACAACGCUCCAAAAAAUGGUGAAGAUUCAUCUUCCAGACAGAUUGAAAUCCCGGAAUCAUCUAAGCGAGCGGCGUCUUCACGCCCGGCGGUUACAUUCAGCCUCCCUGGAAGAACCGUGUGGUAUCCCGAAUACCAGUUCCACCCCUUGCAGAACCCCCGUAUAUCGGCGCCAAACCAUGGAAUCCUGAAGAAUGCCUCACCAGUGCAGGCACCAGUUGUGACGCCGGAGAAUGUGGAUUCUUCCGCAAAGACAGGAUCGUCAUCAUCAGUGUUGAAGCCGGACGCAAAAGAGUUUGUUCCGAAGAGGCUUUCCAUCAUUGCGCACGAUUGGACACCUCCCCAGGCCACUUCUGAGAGUCAAGUCCUAGCUGUGGAGGCUCCUAGCACAGUCCCUUCCAAUGAAACGCACUCAGGCGAUGCUUUGGAGGUUCCGAUCGUGACAAAAGAGGAACCAUCCUCUGAGAUACCGCAAGCCAUCCAGGUGGAGACAGAUACGAGACUUACACCAGUUGAGCCGGCAUUCAACUUAGACUACCCUUCACCGGAGAUUCCGAGCACUGAAACGAUAACCGAUCGGCAUGAGUAUCCGGAGACCGGCCACGAAGAUAUGGAGAAUGUCGAUCCGGACAUUGAUAAUCCUCAGGACACGAAAAAACGGCGCCGACGCACUCGCCGGAGAAGCCACAAAAUGAGGUCGGGGGGGCAUGAUGACAACCUGGGUGUUAAGCAGGGCUCAAGUGCAGAAGCCAGUGGGGCCGAACUACUCGUCCCAGGUCUCACCUCUUCUUCCUCCGCGACGGAGGACGAACCAUCCAGCCCGAUCGACGGAGAGGGAGAGGGAAAAGCUGGUGCCACGAAUGAUAUCGUUGGUAAAGGAAAACGUCGUCUUCGCUCUAACAGUUACAAGCAAAAUGCUACUUGUCUGGACCCUGGGAAUGAAGGAGGCCCGCUGUCAACUGUUGCCCAUCCGGAGAACGUCGGACGCUUAACCAAGCACAAGGCAAGGACCAAUCCAGCUACCAAGGGCGGUACGAGAAAUUCUGGCAAGGAGGAUCAGGGUUUAACCGAAAACUCGAGCCCCUCAAAUACCGUCUCUUCCGCUAUAAAAGAGGAGGCCCCGCAGGCGCAGCAUAGGAGUUCCGGAAGCCAGAAAGGUAGCUGGCGUAAGGCAAACAGGAAGCCAACGAAGAGCACCGAGUCUGGCUACAGUACCAGUGAGGCGUGA